UUUACAAAAUGGCGGACAAAACAAAAUUUUUAUUGUAAAUCGUAACUUUUUUGGCUACUGUAUCGUUUCUAAACAAACAAUGGCAUCGAAAAGGAAAAGAGAAGUAGAAGAAGAUAAUUUGUCUACGCCUGCAUCAAAACUGCUGAAGCAGGAUGAAGUAACCAGGUCUGGGAGAGUUAGAAAGAAACCUGCAAAGUUUGUGGAAGAAGAAGAAGAAGCGGAAACUAAACUAGAUGUUACUAAGCUACCACGUUCUCCACCAGCACCACGGGUCCAGCAGGCCCAAGUGCCAGCAACAUCACCAGUGCCUUCGGCAAAGAUUGUAAUGGUUCCAGUAAAACAGGACAUAAACCAGGAAGUACUAACUCAGUACAAGGAGGAUGUAUCCUCCACUGAUGAAGAUGUUGGAAAGACCGCUGGAAGAUCAUCUAGGGCAAGGAAGAAGUCUGCAAAGGUAUUGGAGAUGGAGGAAUUCGAAGAAGCAGAGAAAAAGCAGGUUAAGAAAGACCCUAACAAGAAAAGCAAGUCUCCAGUGGCACAAACAGGACAUGGUGAGGCACAACCAAUACCCACUACAAACUUGCCAAACCUACUGAAUUUUAAAGAGGAAGAUGAUGGUUUGAUGAUUCCAGAAGAAGAAGUUGUAACCACAGAGAAAAAAGGUGGGAAAGAUUCAAAGAAAAAAUCUGCAAAGGGCAAGAAAAAGACCACUUCUUUACAACUUGGGGAUAUUCCUAGUACAGGUAUUUAA